AUGGCACCUUCCGACUUCGCCAAUGCUGACAUCGAUAGCAUCCUCGAGCAGCUCACUCUUGAGGAGAGCAUCUCCCUCACAGCCGGUGUAGGGUUUUGGCACACUGCCGCUGUCCCUCGUCUAGGUAUUCCCGCCCUCAAGGUCAGCGAUGGACCGAACGGCAUUCGCGGCAAUCACUUCUGCAUGGGGUGUCCGAGCAAGUGCCUACCGUCUGCGACGGCUCUCGGUGCGACCUGGGAUCCGACUUUGAUCGAGCGCGUUGGACACGAGCUGCUUGCGCCCGAGGCCAAACUUCGUCAGGCGUCUGUUGCGCUUGCACCGACUUGUAACAUCCAACGGAAUCCGCUUGGCGGUCGCAGCUUCGAGAGCUUCUCUGAGGACCCGCUUCUUUCUGGUCUCAUUGCUGCCGCGUACACGAAGGGCGUGCAGGAUGAAGGUAUCGCAAUCACCAUCAAGCACUUCACGUGCAAUGACAAGGAGAAUGACCGCUUCGGAUAUGAUGCUGUCGUAUCGGAGAGGGCCUUUCGCGAGAUAUAUCUCAUGCCGUUCAUGCUCGCGCAAAAGAUUGCAAAACCUUGGUCUUUCAUGACAGCGUACAACAGGAUCAACGGCACGCACGCUUCGGAGAACAAGAAGCUUCUUCAGGACAUUCUCCGCAACGAAUGGGGCUUCGAUGGUCUUGUCAUGAGCGACUGGAACGUUGUCAUUCUCGGCGUUUGGUGUAUCGAUCAUGCUCUGAAUGCUGGUCUCGAUCUGGAAAUGCCCGGCACAAAUAAGUGGAGGACGCUCAACCUCGUUCAACGCGCCGUACAAGGUUUCAAAGUCACACCACGUACCAUCAAGGAGCGUGCGCGCAAGGUUCUCGAGCUCGCUCAGAAGUGCGCUAAGGGUGCACCUGAGGUCCUUGAUGGGGAUGGCAUAGAGCGCACCAAUGAGUCUGAGGAGGACAAGGCACUGAUGCGCAAGGUCGCCGCCGAGUCGAUCGUCCUUCUCAAGAAUGACAACAAUAUCCUUCCGCUGCAGCCUGACAAGAUCAAGAAGAUUGCUAUCGUUGGCGGCAAUGCUAAGGCUUUCAUCGUGUCCGGUGGAGGCUCCGCUUCGCUCAAGCCGUCCUACUUCACAUCUCCCUAUGAUGGUAUCGUUGACUCGCUCCCGAAAGACGUAGACGUCGUAUACUCUGAGGGCGCCGGGACGUACAAGACGCAGCCUUCGCUGGACUUCGACAUCUUCACCGAGAAGGGCGAGCGCGGGUGGAUCGCAUCGUGGCACAAGCACACAAGCGACGACUCGAUGGAGGUUGUACCGGAGCCUGUAUCGGUUAAUCUCAUGGACGAGACACGCAUCUUCGUCAGCCUGAGCGCGCCGAAGGGCCUGACCGAGCGAUGGACCUGCCGUCUCCGCGGCGAGCUCAAGCCUCGGGAGAAGGAUAUGAAGUUCAAGUUCGGUCUGUGCGUCGCUGGUCGUGCGAAGCUUUACGUCGACGACAAGCUUGUCAUCAACAACUGGGAUCGCCAGCGCCGCGGAGAAGAGUUCUUCGGAUGCGCUACAGAAGAGGAGACCGGGGUCGUUGAUCUGAAGGCUGGCGUGGCACACAAGAUCUUCGUGGACUUCUGCAACGUGCGUGGACCCGCAGACAACGAUACGGAUGAGCUGGUCAUGGACACCAACGCCGGCGUUCGUCUUGGUGGCGCUGAGGUGCGCGACCCGGACGAGCUCAUGGAGGAGGCAGUUGCGCUCGCGCGUGAUGCGGAUGUUGCUAUCGCCGUCGUCGGUCUUAAUGCCGAUUGGGAAAGUGAGGGAUAUGACCGAACGACGCUCGCGCUUCCCGGACGCACGGACGAGCUUGUGGCAAAGGUCGCGGCCGCGAACCCCCGCACGGUGGUGGUGUCGCAAUCCGGCUCGUCCAUCGAAAUGCCGUGGGCACGCAGCGUCGGCGCGCAUAUCCAUGCAUGGUACCUCGGCAAUGCUACCGGCGAAGCUAUAGCGGACGUACUGUUUGGACGCGUUACUCCCGGCGCAAAACUUUCUCUAUCAUUCCCCAAACGCUUGGCGGAUGUCCCUGCCCAUGGCCACUUCAACGUCGAUGAUGGGAAAGUCUUAUAUGGAGAGGACGUUUUUGUCGGGUACAAGGGCUAUCAACACCGUCUCAUUGAGCCCGAGUACGCGUUUGGCCACGGCUUGUCGUACACAACUUUCGAGUACUCUGACCUUCAAGUCUCUGAAGCAUCCGUCUCAAAUGGCGACGUCACCGCCAAGGCAACGGUCACACUCAAGAAUACUGGCAGCGUCGCAGGCGCGGAGGUCGUUCAGCUCUAUGUUUCGUGGCCGGGUACCUCUGCGCUCAUACACCCACCUAAUACCCUGAAGGCCUUCCGGAAGGUCGUGGUUCAGCCGGGUCAGAGCACGGUGGUUGAGCUUGCGCUUGACAAGUAUGCCGUCUCAUCCUGGUAUGAGCGUCUGAACUGCUGGGUGGCAGAGAAGGGUGCAUACACCGUCUCGGUCGGUGGUGCCAGCGAUAAGUUGCCACUCAGUGCAACGCUCGAGGUUCCCAAAGUGCUCGAGUGGAGGGGCCUGUAA